AUGCACUGGGGCGUCUCCUCCAGGCUGCAGGCUGAAGGCAUCCUGAAGGCCUGGGCUGUUCCCGCGCUGCAGAACGAUUACGGCAGCGAUCCGACGGUCACUGGGAUCUGGAACGCCACCAUGGCAGAGUUGAAGUGUUGUGGUUUCUCCAACUACACUGACUUCCUGGGGUCAGAGCUGGAGGAGCAGAACGGAACCGGCCUCCCGCCCAGCUGCUGCUCCACCAACAUCGCCCCCUGCAGCCCAGCGGAGGCGGCACGCUCACCUGUCCAGGGCUGCUUUGAUCCCAUCCUGAGGACCCUGAGGAAACACACCUGCGCUGUGGGAGGUGUGGCAGCAGCAGUGGGAGUCCUAGAGAUCGCUGCCAUGAUCGUCUCCAUGUACCUGUUCUCUCACCUGGAUGAGAAAGUCAGCUGAAGUUCCUCCUCCCAGCCUGCAGAGGCAGUAGAUCCUGAUGCUGCCCUCAUCUUUGCUGCAACAUAAUUUUUAACACUUCCUGUUGAGGUUUAGCUUGAUUUCAAUUCAGUAGAGAAGUUUUAAAUACA